GUCGUGCCUGUUUUUUUUCUCCAUCACCUCCACCCGCCACAGGGCGGAGUGACCGGGCCAUAUCGCAGCGCGCACCGCCGCACACACACACACACAGAGACACACACGCACUGAAACAUGUCCGCGACUCCGGCCGCGUCCGCCAACAAAAUGAAAAAGGACGAGUCCUUCCUGGGGAAGCUAGGAGGAACCCUGGUCCGGAAGAAAAGGUCCAAAGAGGUGAGUGACCUACACGAGGAGGGGAAGAAUGCCAUCAACGCUCCUCUGCUUCCCGCCGGGACGGACAUCCAUCCCGAGGACACACUGCUCGAGGAAAACGCAGAGAGGGUCAUGCUGGAUCCAACAUCAAGGGAAAAUCUGAAAUUUAAAGACCUUGUGAAGGUCCUGAUUGACUGGAUCAACAGCGAGCUGGAGGAAGAUCGGAUCAUUGUGAAAGACCUGGAGGAGGACUGUUACGAUGGACAAGUGCUGCAGAAGUUAUUUGAGAAGCUGUCGGGCAGGAAGCUGAACGUGGCGGAGGUCACUCAGUCGGAGAUCGGCCAGAAGCAGAAGCUCCAGACGGUUUUAGAGGCCGUCAAUGAGAUGCUGAGGCCUCACGGCUGGACUAUUGAGUGGAGCGUGGACUCCAUCCAUUCGAAGAACCUGGUGUCGAUAGUUUACCUGCUGGUGGCUCUGGCCAUGCACUUCCAGGCCCCCAUCAGGCUGCCCGAGCACGUGUCCGUACAGGUGGUGGUGGUCAAGAAGAGAGAGGGCAUCCUGCAGACUGCCCUCGUGACCAAAGAGCUGACCAGCACGACAGAAAUGAUGAUGGGCCGAUUCGAGCGAGAUGCGUUUGACACUCUGUUGGAUCACGCGCCAGACAAGCUCAACGUGGUGAAAACGUCUCUCAUCACCUUCGUCAACAAACACCUGAACAAGUUAAACCUGGAAGUUACAGAGCUGGAGUCUCAGUUUGCAGACGGAGUGUACCUGAUUUUACUGAUGGGGCUGCUGGAGGACUACUUUGUCCCUCUGUACAACUUCUUCCUCACUCCUGAGAGCUUCGAGCAGAAGGUCCACAAUGUAGCCUUUGCGUUUGAGCUGAUGCAGGACGGAGGCCUGAAGAAACCCAAAGCCAGGCCAGAAGAUGUGGUCAACCUGAACCUGAAGUCUACGCUCAGAGUCCUCUACAACCUGUUCACCAACUACAAAAACUCCGAGUGACGUUUCCCAGUUUGCCGUUCCUCUGAACGCUGCACCGGCGUGAAGCGUUACGGCCCGGACGUCGCAGGAGGCCGACUGGGACUGAAAGUCGCCGUAAUGUAGGACUCGGAACACACCCGGGGGGGGGGGGGGGGGAACGAGCCAGAGGAAGGCUCUGAAUGUUAGUAUUUAAUCUUCCCCGAAUGUCAGUGUUUAUUUAUUCCUCUCUGGGAUGUUAACCGCAGCGCAGGAAGCCCUGCAACCUUUAGCCCCGCAUUUGAAUACACAGGAAAAUGUUAAAACUGGGAAGCAGUUUUGAUAUCUUCUCAACUAAUUGCUUUUCCCCCCUGAAUAUUUUAAAGAGCUAAAAAUACUGCUAUCAGUUCUAUAUUCUCUAUAUGUGCUCUGUAUAAAUAUUAAUGAAAUAGCUCGAUAUUUUGGGGAAAUGUUAUUCUUUCUCAAAGUAUUUGAGGAGAUGAUGGACUUCUCUGCUCAUGUCUGGUGGAGGCAGAAUGUCUGAAGCCAGGUCAGUUUAUUAUCAUGUACCACUUUAUGAUCGCAACGUGACUGCAUUACUUUCACUUUUUAACAGAUAUCUCUGUGUGUUAUAAUGUAUUUUACUGAACAAGAGCUCCUAAAAACCUCACGUGAACUUCAAAUGUUUAGAACAUCAAACCAAAGUGGUCGUUUAACGUUGGAUAUUUGAAAUGAAUGAAAGUAAAAACUACUGAAUCUGUAGUCUGAAAGAAACCCCUGAGGUGCCUUUCAAAAACACUAAAAUACUGAUACACAACAACAAAAAUAGUUUUUUCUAUGAUGUGUUUUUAACCUCUUUGAAACAAUUUAGACAUGGAUAAUGUUAGAAGUAUAAAUAAAUACCCCCCUGGUAAUAAUCAUCUGUGGUGAUAAAAAUAUAAAGUGCCCCUUUAUUUUAACAGGAGAUCAAUGUAAAUGAGACUAUUUAAAGUAUAAAGUAACACUGCUUUUUUUAGGUUGAGUCUGCACGUGCAGCUCAGGUGUAUUCCUCUUAUUUUCCUCCCCAUUGUCCUGUAUUCCGCUGCUCCCCACCCUCGUCUCAGGAUAUGCUAAUCAGCAUCUCAUUAUCACAGGCUGAAAAAUACUCAUUAGCAUUUUGACUAAGAGUUGAAUUCGGUAAAUUGGUACCACCGCUGUGUUUGUUUGCAGACGGUCAGCUUAGCUUCUCACUCAUCUCCAUCUUACCGGCACAUCAAAGUGCACAAAUUAACAUGUCAUAUUUAUUUAAUUAGACCAAAAAAUUUGUGAAGAUCUUAGAAAAAGGAAAAAAAAAAAAAACACAUAAAUGAACAUAUUUCCGAAAAAAUAUUAACCUCAGAAACUUUGGGAUGAUAUAAUACACUGUGU